UGUCACUUAUGGGCUUGCCAGCAACCAUAUUUCUCUCUAUGACUUGGUGAGAUAGAUAGUGAGAUACAAACUAUUAUUGGCACAGACUCCUCUAUUACACUACAAGCCUAGUCAACGUUUUUAGAGAAUGAUACAAGAUGGUGGUGUUAGUGCUGGCGCAGCCAGGGCAAAGUGUUUUCCGGCGGGAUGGAAUGCGGCGGCAAAGCCAUGUGACUAUUGCAAGUCUGCGGCUGCGUUGAUAUUUUGCGUGACAGAGUCGGCCUUUAUGUGCAUGACUUGUGAUGCUAAGGUGCAUAAUGACGACAUAUCUUUAAAGCAUGAGCGUCUGUGGACGUGUGAAGUGUGCGAGCAGGCCCCUGCCAGCUUCAGUUGCAAGGCGGACGGUGCCGCACUAUGUGUCGUGUGUGAUCGGAAUAUCCACUCGGCCAACCCUUUAGCCCGCCGCCAUGAUCGGACCCCGAUUGUGCCCUUUUAUGAUACUGCAGAGUCAAUGAUGGAGUCUGCCUCAGUCGCUGCCACCUACUUAUUGCCUGUUAAACACUUAAGUAGCACGGAAACGAAAAUGGAAAACGCGACAGAUAAUUGGAUAACUUCCAACCCAGUUACAUCGAAACUUUCUGAAGACAUGAAAUUCAUGGAAUUAUUGAUUUCUAAUUCUGAUCAAUUCUUGGAUUUUGAGUAUCCAAUUUCUGCCGACAGUGUUGUCCCUGUACAAUCCAUAAAGCCUGCUGUCCCAACAAGAAUGACUGAGUAUUCAUAUGAAAAUCCUUUUGAGAUUGACUUCAAUAAAUCCAAUAUAAAUUCAUACAACAGCAGCUAUACCAUUACCACCCCGUCCUUUAGUGUCUCAUCGUCGUCGUUGGAUGUGGGAGUUGUGCCUGAUGGGAGCAUCCUUUCAGAUACAUCGUUUUCUUUUACGCUAAACACGAGCAUCAGAGGAAAUGAAGCUUCACACAUGGUGGGAAUGGAUAGGGAAGCAAGAGUCUUGAGGUAUAAAGAGAAGAGAAAGAAGAGAAAAUUCAACAAGACUAUACGUUAUGCUUCACGGAAGGCCUAUGCCGAGACAAGGCCAAGAAUCAAAGGGAGGUUCGCCAAAAGAACUGAGUUUCAAUCUGAUACUGAUAGACUCAGUACUUUCAAUUCUUUCUCAGCCAAUCUCAUUGCUGAUGAUGCCGGAUUUGGCGCCGUCCCUUCAUUUUGAUGCAAGAAAUGGAUUAAAAAUGUUGUAAACAAAAGUAAUAUGCUGAUAAUUUAAGUUUCAAUAAUCCGAAAUAAAUUGAAGAAAAAUGUUAGAAAUUCAUCA